AUGGAAAGAAGUCAAGUGCACAAUUUCGCAGCUGGACCGAGUCCAUUACCUACUUCAGUACUUGAAGAAGCUGCUCGUGGUUUGGUCAAUUACCAAGGGACCGGAAUGGGGAUAUGCGAAUUAUCACAUAGAGGUAAAGAGUUUAAGGGGAUUAUUUCUGGUGCGGAAGCUGAUAUUCAUUCCUUGCUCUCUGUCCCGGAUAAUUAUUCCAUACUGUUUUCCCAAGGCGGUGGUACUUCAAUGUUCUCAUCUAUAAUACUCAACCUUCUCGCCGCUCAUCGUUUAUCUUCAUCCAACAUUUCCCUUCCAGCUUCUUCAUACACUCCACCAAACAUCGAUUACAUCAUUACAGGUUCAUGGUCAUCAAAAGCUUAUUCCGAAGCUGUCCGACUUUGUUCACCUUCCUCCACUUCUUCACCCACAUACGCCAUCCCUCACAUUGCGGCAAAUACCAAACCUACCGGAUAUACAACUCUUCCAAGUAAAGAAGAAUACAAAUUCUCCUCAAAUCCAGCUUACAUCUAUUACUGUGAAAACGAAACUAUAAACGGUGUUCAAUAUUCACUUUCCGAUGAAUUUUCUUUCCCUUUCGAUAUGAUCCCUUCUCAUAUACCUAUAGUAGCAGAUUAUUCAAGUUCUUUCCUCUCCCGACCUAUCCCACAUCUAAACAAACAUGCUGUCAUCUUCGCUGGUGCUCAAAAGAAUUUAGGUCCAGCAGGAGUAACAGUUUUGAUCGUUCGGAAUGAUCUUCUAGUAGAUACUUCAUUGGCUUAUUCAAAAGGUGGGGUAAUACCAACUCCGAUAGGUAUGGAAUGGAAGAUUAUGGCUGAAAAUGGAUCUUUAUACAAUACUCCCCCCGUUUUCGCUAUUUACGUAUGUGCUUUGGUAUUGAAGGAAUUGGUAAGAAAUGGGGGUAUGGAGAAAAUGAAGGAGAUAAAUGAAGAAAAAGCUAAAAGAGUUUAUCAAGUUUUAGAUAAAGUGGAAACGAUAGAAAAGAUGAAAGGUGUUGUGAGAGAGAAAAAAGCUAGAAGUUGGAUGAAUGUUACUUUUGAGAUAAUCGAAAGAGAAGAAGACUUCUUUAAAGGUGCUGAAGAACGUGGAUUGAGACAGUUGAAAGGACAUAGAAGUGUUGGUGGUGGAAGAGCGAGUUUAUAUAAUGCUGUAGGGUUGGAAAGUGUUGAUAAGCUUUGUGAGUGGAUAUUGGAAUUCAGCAGGGUUUGA